AUGACAGAGGUCAAGAUCACCGACGAUGACAUUGGGGACAAAUUGCGGGGGAAAUCUGCGAUCGUGACAGGCGGUUCUUCAGGUAUCGGCCAAGGUAUCGUGCAUUACUUGACCAGAUGUGGCGUCAAAGUCUUGAUCGGCGAUGUGCAGCCACCGACUCAGCCUAUCGAUGGUCCAGUGUACCAAAAGACGGACGCUGGAAGCUGGGACGAUCUGCUUGCCCUGUUCAAAAAGGCUCAGCAAUUGUUUGGUCGAAUCGAUAUAGUCGUACCCAACGCUGGCUUUGGUGACCGCGGCGACUACAAAUUCAAGCAGGACGCCAAUGGUGAUCCCAUCAAGCCCGAGUUUGACUGUCUUAGAGUCACUCUGAUCGGCCAGAUGUAUACCGUGAAGUUGGCGCUGCAUUAUAUGCGAUACCAAGAUCCCCAGGGCGGAGUCAUCGUGUCGACAGUGUCUCGGAGUGGCUAUGAUUGUCAAUCAAUCCCUGUGUAUGCUACCGCGAAGCAUGGGAUGCUGGGCUUGAUGCGUGGACUGAGAAAUCACACGCCAGCUUGGAACGUCCGCGUGAAUUCGAUCGCCCCCCAUAUCACCGACACCGCAGCGACGAGAAGCGUGGAAUGGUUGAUUCCAAAGCUCAAGGAGGUCGGCAUUCCUGUGAGCACGGUCGAGGAAACAGCCAGGGCAGCCGCAUUCUUGGCUGCAAAUGAAGCAUAUAACGGCUGUACCAUUAGCAUCAUGGGAAGUGAAUACCGUGAGUUGGAGAGUGGCGUGGAGAGACACAAGCGAGAUAUCAUGGGAAAUGACCCGAGAUUCGACCCGAAUCCUGAACAGCAGGCGGUGCUGGGUAAGACUUCCCUUCGCUGA